AUGGAUCACGACCAGAUUAGAGAGAACCGCGGCGUCGAGGCCAAGGACACCAAGUCGGACGGCGCCGUCGUCGCCCCUCAGUUCUCCCGCGAUGCCGUCUUCCCCGGCGAGGUCGUCGGUGAGGUCACCGACCUCAACCGCGCCGACCUGGAGAAGCAGAAGGCCGCGCAGGGAAGCGCGCACUUCCACCGCCUCGGCUGGAAGCGUCUCACCGUCGUCCUCAUCGUCGAGGCCAUCGCCCUCGGCAGUCUGUCCCUCCCCGCCGCCUUCGCCACCCUCGGCAUGGUCGCCGGCGUCAUCCUCUGCAUCGGUCUCGGUCUCAUCGCCAUCUACACCAGUGACGUCGUCGGUCAGGUCAAGCUCAAGUUCCCCCACGUCUCGCACUACGCCGACGCCGGCCAGCUGAUGAUGGGCCGCUUCGGCUACGAGCUCGUCGGUGUCAUGUUCGCGCUGCAGUUGACUUUCCUGGUUAGCUCCCACACCCUCACCGGUGCCAUCGCCUUUGGCAACAUCACCGACAACGGCGCCUGCUCCAUCGUCUUCGCCGUCGUCUCCGCCAUCAUCCUCCUGAUCCUUGCCAUCCCGCCUUCCUUCGCCGAGGUCGCCAUCCUGGGAUACAUCGACUUCGUCUCCAUCAUCCUCGCUAUUGGUAUCACCAUGAUCGCGACGGGCAUCAACAAGGACAGCAUCACCACUGCUGCUUGGUCCGCGUGGCCCAAGGAGGGUCUCACCUUCGCAGAGGCUUUCAUUGCCAUCACCAACAUCGUCUUCGCGUACAGCUUCGCCAUCUGCCAGUUCUCCUUCAUGGACGAGAUGCACACCCCCUCCGACUACGUGAAGUCCAUCUGGGCCCUCGGUCUGAUUGAGAUCUUCAUCUACACCCUCACCGGUGCCCUCAUCUACGCGUUCGUCGGCCAGGACGUCCAGUCCCCCGCUCUCCUGUCUGCCGGUCCCCUGAUUUCCAAGAUCGCUUUCGGCGUCGGUCUGCCCGUCAUCUUCAUCUCGGGAUCCAUCAACACCACCGUCGUCGGUCGCUACAUUCACGGCCGUGUCUACAAGGACUCCGUGAACCGCUUCAUCAACACCAAGAUGGGCUGGAUCACGUGGCUGGUUUUGAUCACCAUCAUCACCGUCGUCGCCUUCAUCAUCGCCGAGGCCAUCCCCUUCUUCUCCGAGCUCCUGUCCAUCAGCUCCUCCCUCUUCAUCUCCGGCUUCACCUUCUACUUCCCUGCCAUGAUGUGGUUCAUGCUCAUCCGUGAGGGUUCUCCCUUCGCCUCCCACAACCUGGUCAGGACCGCCCUGAACGGUCUCUGCUUCGUCAUCGGCAUGAUCGUUCUCGUCUGCGGUACCUAUGCCAGUAUCGUCGAGAUUAUGCACAAGUUCAGAACUGGCGCUAUCAACAGCCCCUUUACUUGCGCUUCCCUCGCAUAA